AUGGUCGCCUCUGCUGGUCAACCUACUCGUCUCUAUGUCAAGGGUGUAUUCCUUGGUUACAAGCGUGGUCUGCGUAAUCAAUACUCGCACACGGCAUUGGUGAAGAUCCAGGGCCUGACGGACAAGAAAGAAGUGGACUUUUACUUGGGAAAGAAGAUUGCUUACAUUUACAAGGCCAAGUCUUUGAAAAACGGCACCCAAUUUCGCGUCGUGUGGGGCAAGGUUGUCCGUGCUCACGGUAGCAACGGUGUCGUCCGUGCCAAGUUUGCCAAGAAUUUGCCAGCCGAGGCCAUUAGCAAGAGUGUGCGCGUCAUGCUUUACCCGAGCCGCGUUUAA